UUCCCCCCAUUUGAAUCGCUGGCAAGGGUUAUGACAUUUCCAAUCAUUUCAAUGGAAUACACAUUUUUGAGGUUACAAAUGUGGUCAGAGAACGAAUUGAAUUUGGAUCACAAAGCAUCACAUUAGUGACUGUUUUCAAGCCCAAAAAAAAAAAAAAAUCCCGGGAAAACCGAAAGGACGAUCACACAAUUAUUUCUCAUUUAUAUUUAUGACCGAAUCGUCUGUUUGAUGUCGUUUUGUUGCCCUGGUUCCAGAUCAAACUCUAAAUAUUGAUCAACCUUCUUAUGGCCAUUCAUGCAACUGCUAUAAACUCAGACAAAGGUUAAAAGUGUCUGAACUUCAAUAUAAACCGAUGCAUAUUAAACAUCGUACACCUGCGCACAAACCAUCGCCCACAUUCGAAUAAAUUAAGAGCAUCCAUCAUGAGUUUAUUGUAUUUCUUUUCUGUCAUUCACAAAACGCAAAUGUGCACCAACAUGUGUCAUGUUUUCCUUCCUUUAUUUAUCAUACACGCGCAUCUUUAACCCCCACCCCCCCUCAACCCCCAUGGGAUGCCGGAAGCGCUCCGGGAAGGGGGGGGGGCACAACAACAAGCUCGUGCACGAGAGAGAGAGAGAGAGAGGGAGAGGGUGGCGUUAGACAAUACCUCUCCUCCAAUAUAUUCCCGCCCCUCCGCGGUGAAGUGAGCCUUUAUUAGACGGGGGUCGUCGGAUCUUAUCUCACACGUGAAACCGGGAGAGCCACAGGAAGUGUUAAUAUGCACAUCAAGUGAUUUCCCAUCCUGAAGACUCUUUAUCUCCAUCAUCAUCAUCGUCACCUUCCGACACGCGGAUGGAGGAGUAGCCGGCGAUCCGCUUCCAUUGUCUCUCCAUCAUCACAUGUGGAGGAGCGAACCUUCUGACGACACCGCCCCCCCACCCCCCCCCCCCCCCCCAACCCCCCAAAAAAAAAAAAAAAAGCUGCGGCCGACAUCAGCUGUAACAGCGAAUUCCUCUCCAAACAUUUCACCGGCGCGCAUGCACUCCGAUGUGUGCGAGUUGGAGAAGAAAAAGUUGACAUCGAAGUUGCGUGUGCAACACCGAACUGGAAUAUGACUUCGAGUUGAGCAUCUUUUGAGGAUAUUUGCGAGAGAAAGAUUAAAAAAAAAACAAGCUGACAACUGUAUCAAGGAACUUCCGUGCUAACGAAGGAUAUUAAAGAUGAUGCUCAGUCCGGACCAGGCCGAGGCGGACCUCUCGUGGACUCAAUCCGACCCGGAGACGCUGCUGAGCGGCCUCAAAUCGGCGGGAUGCUCGUCUGAGGAGCCCGCGGAGGGUGACGAGCGGGCCGUUAAGUGUCGGGCGGAUCAGCCUCUGAGCCGCGAGGAGAAGCGGCGACGGCGGCGGGCCACCGCCAAGUACCGCUCGGCUCACGCCACCAGGGAGCGGAUCCGGGUGGAGGCGUUCAACGUCGCCUUUGCCGAGCUCCGCAAACUGCUGCCUACGUUGCCGCCGGACAAGAAACUGUCCAAAAUUGAGAUCCUCAGACUUGCUAUCUGCUACAUCUCCUAUCUCAACCACGUCCUGGACGUCUAAAAAAGAAAAGAAAAGAAGAAAAAAGAAAAAAAAAGUCAGCAUCCAUUCGGCCUUUUGAGAUUUUCUUGAACAGUGUUUUUUUGUUUCCAUUCUCGAUUUUCAAACGCGCCCCUCUGCUCCUCGUAGUUAAGCGGGCGAAAGUUGAUUUGAAAACAUGUUUGUCCCCCUUCACACCACGCAAAAGGCUCGUGGCGGCCGAUCGGGCGCCAAUUGCCGCAUCAUUAUUUCAGAUCCGUGGCGGCGAGUGGCCCAAAGGCAUUAGCGGGCCAUUCGGUGACGUCAUGUAACCGCGUCCCAAAGCGAGUCGGGGGAUAAGUCCCAUUUUAAUCGAAUUAAUUUGUCCACACGAUCAGUCCCAGAUUCAUGACGUAGCCUUUAUGCGGCCACAAAAGCGGAAAUGUCCGUCCAUGAAUUCUACUUUUCCACAGGGGUGAGGAAUGAGAACAUGCGAAAGUGCCACUUAUGACGUAUAAAACGGUGACCUUAAAUUGUUAUUUUUUUAAGCGUGCGGAAUUAUUUAUUUAUUUGUGUUGCUAUUUAAGACUACACUUAUUUAUGUUUACCUCGGGCGUGUAUGUAUGUGUGUGUGCGUGUUUGUGUGUGAGUGUGUGUGCGUGUAAUUGUUUUCGCUUCGAUAUUUUAGACUGUGGAAUUCAACCUGGAAAAGUGAUGGUCCUCUUUAAAAAUGCACUUUCUGUUUAUUUAUUUCGCGUGAGUCUGAUGUAUGUGUUUUUAUUAUUCUUAUUAUUAUUAUGACUGUCAUCAUUUGAUGUCUGUUGUCUAUCAAUAGCAACGAUAAGCACUUCAAGGUGGAGCACACGAGCUCUAUAAAAUAUUUAUUUCCUGAUAGUUAAGAGGUUAGAAAUGGACCCCUCAUAACUUUUUAUUUUAAAAACGAUUAUGGUAAACGGCUUCCACCGCUGAGGGAUUGAAAUGAUUCAACCUCUCUUUUUUUGCUGUGACCAAAAAACAAGUAAUUUACAAGAAGUAGCCUACUCUGAAUUUAUUAUGUUCAAUAAUUUGAUGUUAUUGAGGUGGGGAGGGUGUUAUUUGUUUAAUUGUCUCUGCUUUGUAUUUGGAAAUUAAUGAUGUGCUUUUUCUAGUGAAGAGAAAAAAAAAACAUAUCCUCUAUCCAAAGAAUUUUUUUGUCUCUUCAGGGUUGUGUAGACUACUUGUUGCUUAUAUGCACAUCUUUUGUAGUAGAGCUAUUGUGUGACUGCUGGUUUCUAAAGGACAGACUUUUCAUAUUUUCCGGUGUUAUUUUCAAUUAAAAACGGAGAUAUUUGAAAAGAAA